GAAAUUCGAUCAGAUGAAAGUGAAAGUGUUCGUUAAGAAGCAUUUGUUAUUUUCUCUCUUCUCUGUCAUUCUUUUCUUGAUUGUGAUUUAAUUUCCACGAUAAUCAACGAUAUUGGUCAUUCUCUCAUGGUGAUUCAUGAGAAUCAGAAUGGAAUCAAAGAGAGACUGAGCAAUCGAGAUUCAAGAUUUUCGGUUAUUUUUACCUCUUCGCCUACAAUUUGGUUUCUAUGGUUAAUAUUUGGUUACCAUUGCCAAUUGAAUAUUCUCAUUUGUUUUCAUUCAUCUCUGUGAAUUUAAAUCAACAAUAAUUCCCCUUUUUUGAUUAAUUGUGAAUAUUCAAUAUCAAUCAAACUCUAAUCAUCUCGAUCAUCAAAUUUAUCUUCUGUGUUAUAUGUUCAUUACUUUCUCUUGGUGGGAUUGACUUUUCCCUAGUCACAUGUGAUCCUGAAUAUUUUUUUCUCUCUCACUUACUCACUCAUUCAAUGUUUUCAGGAGAAUUGAAAAUUAUUCCUUAAAAUGUCAACAAUCAGGCAAUUCUAACAUUUAUUGGAUUCUUUCACUUUUACACUCAUUCUGUUAAUUAUUCUCAUGUAUCUUACCAAUUGAUCGUAACCAUUUAUCUCUCUGUCUAUUUAUCGAGAUCAUUACAUCACCUAAAUAGUGAAGAGGCUCCUGAUGAGCUCGAUGCUCCUCUUUAUCCUCAAUAUCUUUCACUUGAUUAACGACGAAUCCCAUUUACAUAGAGUACAAAGAGUCAAGAUUGUCAAUUGGUUCCCUUUGAUGAACAUUUAAUUGUCACAUAUAAGGAUGAUGGUUGUGAGGAUUAUGAUGAUGCUGAUAACAACAAUGGUGCUGAUUUCUUGUAUCAGCUGAAUUGAGAAAGAAAAAUUCUGAUUAUCUUUAAAUUCAGUUAGUUAAUUGUUUCUCAUUUUCAUAAUGUCUCCAUCGAAAGCUAAGAUUGAAACUGUUUCCGAUAUUCUUGGCGGGUGGGGCCUUUGGCAUACCAAUAUUUUCGUGUUCUAUUUCAGUUGUUUGAUUUUCUCUGUUUUCGAUAAAUUGUCAAUGCCCUUUUUCGCUCCGCCGAUUGAUUAUUGGUGCAGUAAACCGUUAAUCUACAAGAAUACUACUGAUCUGUGCUCAGCUGAUUGUGAAGUUUGGACUUACGAUAAAUCAUUUUGGAUAACAACGGUUAUUGAUAAGUGGGAUUUGGUUUGUGGCCGCUCUUGGUUGGCCUCAUUCGCGCAAUCAUGUUUCAUGGGAGGUGUCAUUUUGGGUGCUGUUAUAUUUGCUCGACUUUCCGAUGAUUAUGGCCGAUUAACUGUCCUUCGAAUUGCUAUGCCAUUGGAAAUUGUCGCAGCUCUUGGCUUAGCUCUUUCUCCAUCCAUUCAAAUCUUCAUCUUCUUCAAAUUUAUCCAAGGAAUUGGCAGUAAUGGGCGUGCACUCACCGGUUAUCUUCUUCUUCUCGAAUGUGUUGGUACCAAUGAACGUGGUUUCAUAUCGGUCGCCGUCGAUACUGGUUUCGCAUUCGGUUACAUAAUAUUACCUGUUGUUUACUAUUUCCUAAGAGAUUUUCAGACCUUCUCCUAUUUCCAUGCAUUCCUUGAGUUAUUCUGGGUCAUAUGGUUAUUUAAGAUUCCUGAAUCAAUUAGAUGGCAAUUAACCCACAACCAGAUUGAUCAAGCUGAAAGUGAAAUGAUUAGAGCGAGUGAAAUGAACAAAUCAUCAAUCACAAAUGUUAAAGAAAAAUUUGCUUUACUUAAGAAGCACAUUGAUUUGCAAACCAAGACACAAUUGGAAGAAAAGAAGGCUGGAUUUCUCGAUCUCUGGCGAUCUAAAGUAUUACAGCGAUUUAGCCUCGUUUUGUACUUUUCGUACUUUGUAAACGCUUUUGUCUACUAUGGUCUCUCUUUGAACAUCGGUGAUCUCAAUGGGAACCUUUUUAUCAACUUUUUCCUCGCUGGAUUGGUUGAGUUUCCCAGUUACAUUAUCACCUCUUUUGCCUUAAAACAUAUCGGAAGGAAAACACUUUUAAUCUAUUUCAUGAAUGGUUCAGGUUUAUCCUGCUUAUCGACGGUCUUUUUUCUGUCACCCACCGACACCACAGUUCGAGUCUGUUUGGCAAUGAUAGGCAAAUUCUGUGUCACAUCCUCUUUCACUCUUUGCUACGUUUAUGCCUCCGAAAUUUAUCCAACCAUCUUACGACAAACCGGACUCGCUUCAUGCUCAAUUGCCGCAAGAUUUGGAUGUAUAAUCGCUCCUUUUGUCAAAGAAUUGACUGCGUUCACAUCGAUUGGUGUUUCUCUGUCAAUCUUUGGUAGUCUUUCCAUCAUCAAUGCUGCUCUAGUUGUCUUAUUACCCGAAACUCGAGGACUCGAAAUGCCGAGUGACAUUGCUGAGGCGGAAAAAAUUCUAACCCAAAAUGUACCCAAAAGACCAGAAUCUGGUGAUAUCCAUGUUGCCUGAUUGUUAAUCCAUUUCCAUAAUCUCAUAUUCCUCCCUCGCAAUUACAAUGUAUCAAUACUUAAAAGGAGCAGCAAUCAUCUCAUCAUGAUUAACAAUUAACCAAAGAUAAAGUUUAUUAAUCCUUUUAUGGUGAAAUUGCCUCGCAGUGGAUCAACAAUUUUGAGUGAAUCAAAUAGUGAACCAGAUUAAUUGUGAACAUGCUCAAUGGAUCUCGGUAAACAAUCAGUGAUUUAUUACAGUUAACAAAGUUAAUCAUUGAUCAUUUUCUGGUUCCUCUUCAUUGUAAUCUUACAAUUAGUAAUAGUGGACUUAUCUGACUCUCAAAAUCAACAAUGAUCUGAUCAUUGAUUCAAUUUUAACCAAUUGGAAUCAAUAAUUAACCUCAAACGAUUUAAUUUAUUACCUUUAAAGAAAAAAAAAAUAUAUCAAAGUAUUAAUUACUAUUGUGAUUGGUAUAUAAUCAAAUGCCUUUUAAAUGCAAUAAUAAUCAACUAAUUAUUAUCAACCCUAGUCAAUUGGAUCACCAUAAUUGGCACAAUUAAAUCAAUUGUUUCAAAGAAUCCUGUUAAUUUAACUCAAUUGACUUUGAAAUCAAUGAAAAGUUUCAUAAAUUGUAAUCUUAUCGUUUUUUACCCAAUAAUCAAUGUUAACCAAAAGUUAAUUUGAUUUAAAAAAAAUCUAUUAUUUGAUUAAUCAAUGAAACUAUUGAAUUGAUGUAUUGUUUCAUUAUAAACAAUGUCUCCUUUUUGAUUGUGAACAAUUAACUUACCUGAAACUAAAGUAGCAGUUUCCAAAUUGUUAUGAGUAAGAUAAUUGUAACUGAUUAAUGGUUAUUGGCAAUUA